UGACGCCGCGGGGAGGCACAAGGAACCGGCUUAGUCACCGAAACGGAACACUUAACUCAGAAGUAUAUACUGGAAAACACUAUGAGUUCAACAAGCUAUCUUGGUUGUGAUAUCUUAGACUUCCACCAGACAAAGCUUCGCUUACAUGAGUUAAGUUUCCCUUUCUCCGUGAUGGCUCUUAGAGUCGUCCACUGGGCAAAAGAAUGGACGUUUCCAAAAUAUAAAAGGAACUUCUGGCGACCAAGAGGUGGCCAGUACUCCUGGAAAGACGGCUGUCUGGCACGAUACCAAAAUGAAGACUUGCCAGCGCCCCAGGUCAGCGAGCGGAGGGACCCACACCCCAGUCGAAUGCAGAUGCCGCAGGGGAACCCGCUGCUGCUUUCGUACACCCUGCAGGAGUUGCUGGCCAGGGACACCGUGCAGGUGGAGCUCAUUCCCGAGAAGAAGGGCCUCUUCCUAAAGCAUGUGGAAUACGAGGUUUCCAGCCAGCGCUUCAGGUCCUCCGUGUACAGACGGUACAACGACUUCGUGGUUUUCCACGAGAUGCUGCUGCAGAAGUUCCCCUACCGCAUGGUGCCGGCCCUUCCGCCCAAGAGAGUGCUGGGAGCCGACCGCGAGUUCAUUGAGGCCCGGCGCAGGGCCCUGAGGCGCUUCAUUAACCUGGUGGCCCGGCACCCCCCGUUCUCCGAGGACGUGGCCCUCCGGCUCUUCCUGUCCUUCAGUGGCCCGGACGUGCAGAACAAGUUGAAGGAGUCGGCUCAGUGUGUUGGAGACGAGUUCAUGAGCUGCAAGCUGGCUCCUCGGGCCAAGGACUUCCUCCCAGCCGACAUCCAGACUCAGUUCGCCGUCAGCCGGGAGCUCAUUCGAAACAUCUACAACAGCUUCCACAAGCUUCGCGACCGGGCCGAGCGGAUUGCGUCGAGGGCCAUCGACAAUGCUGCUGACCUCCUCAUCUUCGGGAAGGAGCUGAGUGCUUUAGGGUCUGAUACGACCCCGCUCCCCUCCUGGGCCACUCUGCACAGUAGCACGUGGGGGUCCCUGAAACAGGCACUGAAAGGCCUGUCCGUUGAAUUUGCACUGCUCGCCGACAAGGCCGCCCAGCAGGGCAAACAGGAAGAGAAUGACGUGGUGGAGAAGUUGAACCUCUUCCUGGAUUUGCUGCAGUCCUAUAAAGACCUGUGCGAGCGGCACGAGAAGGGCGUGCUGCACAAGCACCAGCGGGCCCUGCACAAGUACAGCCUGAUGAAGCGGCAGAUGAUGAGCGCCACUGUGCAGAGCCGGGAGCCCGACUCCGUGGAGCAGCUGGAGUCCCGCAUCGUGGAGGAGAACGCGAUCCAGACGAUGGAGCUCCGGGGCUACUUCUCCCUGUACUGCCUCCACCAGGAGAUGCAGCUGGUCCACGUGUACCUGCCCCUCACCUCCCACAUCCUCGGUGCCUUUGUCAACUCUCAGAUCCAGGGGCACAAGGAGAUGAGCAAGGUGUGGAACGACCUGAAGCCCAAACUAAACUGCCUCUUCGCUGGACCCAGCGGCUCCCCGACUCCACCGAGGCUCCCGCAGGACGGCGUGUCUCCUCGCUAGUGCCAGACGCCUGGGGCGGGAGCUCCGGGCGGCCUCACUAAAACCUCUUUCCAAA